UUCAGCUCAUGUAUGUGUGAGCGGGUCUGUGCGCACAUGCUCAGUUAGGUUAUUUUUGCGCACAGAGGCUUUAAGAGCGCAGCGGCUGGAGGCAGAAAGCAGCAGAGAGAGACACACACAGGCAGACCCGGAGCCGGAGGAGAGCCGAGCCGUGCUGAGCCGAGCUGAGAGGACCAUCAGCCGUGCUGUCCGAGCCAAAUGAGCCAUCACCGACACAGACCCGGCUCUGUGCUGGGCACCUGGAGCUAGGCGCAUGUAUUUGUGCCAAAAGGCUCAAUUCACAACUUCUCCCCCAUAGACUCAUUUUUUUUUGUACUCUUGUUUCAUUUCAUUUGCCAUCAUGGUGCUGGGCAAAGUGAGGGCCUUGGCGAUUUACUUUGACAGUUUGAAUGAGAACAACCUGCCGGUGUUCUCCGGUGGGGAUCUGGUGUCAGGCAGGGUUGUGGUGGACGUGACCGGGGAUGUGCGGGUGAAGAGCCUGGACAUUACCGCGAAAGGAGUCGCCAAGGUCCGGUGGACGGAGUCCCGGAACGCCGGUGCUAACACGGCUUACACACAAAACUACACGGAGGAGGUGGAAUAUUUACACCAUUACGACACGUUGAUAGGAGAGGAGAGAGAUGAAGACUGUCCAGAGGAAGGCCUAACGGUGCUGCACGCCGGCCUACACGAGUUCGCCUUCAGCUUCAACCUGCCUCAGAUGGCUCUGGCGACUUCCUUCGAAGGGAAGCACGGCAGCGUGAGGUACUGGGUGAAAGCUGAACUGCACCGUCCGUGGCUGCUCCCGGUCAAAGUGAAGAAAGAGUUCAUUGUGUUCGAACACAUCGACAUCAACACGCCGCUGCUGCUGCAGUUAAAACGAAUGAUUGUGUGCCAACAGGCCCCUCAGGCUGGUACAAAGGAGAAAACCUUGUGCUGCUGGUUCUGUGCGUCGGGCCCAAUCUCUCUCAGUGCCAAGAUAGAGCGAAAGGGCUACACACCAGGCGAGUCUAUCCAAAUCUUCGCCGAGGUGGAGAACUGUUCGUCCCGUGUCGUGGUGCCCAAGGCUGCGCUGUACCAGACCCAGACCUUCUUCGCCAAGGGCAAGGGCAAGCAGAUCCAGCAGCUGGUGUCCAAUUUGAGGGGCGAUCCUCUGCCUCAGGGAAAGAGCCAGAGCUGGGAGGGUAAACUGCUAAAAAUCCCCCCGGUUUCGCCCUCCAUCCUGGACUGCCCCAUCAUCAGAGUGGAGUACGCCCUCGUGGUGUACGUGGACGUUCCCGGCGGGUUGAAUUUGUCUCUCUCGUUGCCGUUGGUGAUAGGGACCAUACCUCUGCACGCCUGCGCCACCCGCACCUCCAGCAUCAGCAGCAACAGCAGCACUCUGAGCUGGAUGGGCCCGCCGGAGAGACCCGAGGCGCCGCCGAGCUACAGCGAUCUGGCAAUAUCAGAGUCUCACAGGCGGGAUUGCCUGCAGGGCUGUGAUAGGUCUGACGGGGAGGGAGAGGACCAGGGAUCUCUGCUAACAUACAUCACAGAGUUCAGAUAUCGGCCCCCGCCACUCUACUCAGAGGUCGACCCGUACCCCGACCCCGUGGAGGUUUCGUCAGACGUCAGGAGACCCGACACGUGUCCGUCCCGCUGAGUCGUUACUUCCAGCUUCAGGAGCUCAGAGAGGGGCUCCUCCAUAAAAACCAGACACCGUCGUCACUCUCUUCUACGGCCCCCCCUCCGACCUCGCCCCCCCCCCCCCCUCGCCCUCGCCUGCUUCUCACCAGAUUAUAUAUCACGAUAAAUAAGGUUCCUCUGACGCGGGGGGAACAAAGUCAGCUGAGAGAGUAUUCGGUGACUGCGAUCGGACCAAGGCAUGCUGGAUCUGCCGGGUCUUUUUUUUUUUUUUUCCUCAAGACGAAGCGGAAAAAUAGAAAUCUGUUCUCUCUGAUGUCGCCGUGAGACUGACAAGACAGAGCGGCCAGGAGAAGAAGAAGAAGAAGAAGAAGCCACCUCCUGCCUCACAAGUGAAUUUUGCACAUACCGUAAUUACUGUUUCUCUAUGGGUGGUUUAUAAUAAAACCCAGCAGGCCUACAGUACAUGAUGAACAGUAGAGACUCUGUCCACAGACGUUAACUAUUAAAAACAAUCACAUGUGUGACAGGACGAAAAGCUAUCUUCAAGUUCAAAGAAAUGAUAGUUUGAGCUGGUGACGGAGGCCUGAAGGUGACAUCAGGCUGGAUUUUUUUUUUAUCUCUACGUGUGAACAAAGCUGAAAAUUCACUGAGAGAUUUUUUUUUAAAAACAAAAAAAAAACAGAAUAAAUAUACGACAGAUGUUUCUGAUGAUGAAUCAGCAGAAAUGUGUCACGUAAACGACCACCUCAUGCACUUAAAGUAAAGCUCAAAAUGUGUAUGAACGUGUGUGUGAGUGUGUGAGAGAGAGAUUGAAAGAAGACGAGUGUAAGUGUGUGGGUGUGUGUGUGUGUGUGUGGGUGUGUGUAUGUGUGUGUGAGAGUGUGUGUGUGUGUGUUUUGGUUUAAAUGACCAGGUUUUAUAGCCAGACAGGGUCUAGCGAAAGAAAAAAAAAAAAGCACAACUCCGACCAAGAUAAAGUACCACAAGUCGCCUGUUGAUGGUUUCUGCUCUGAACUAAAAAGCUUCUCUCGCUGUAGAAUUUUAUUUUAUUUUAUUUUAUUUUAUUUUUUGUUUUUGUUCCAGACGUUAAAAGAAGCUCACAACAAAGAAAAGUCAUAAAAAAGCAUAAAAACAAUAUUAAAAAAUGUUUACAGUUGAAUAUAUAUAUAUAUAUAUAUAUAUCGAAUAUUGAGAAUGUUGUUCAAACAUGACUUCUUCCACCUAAACAACUUCAGAAAGUGCAAUAUAUUUUUGUAUUUGUGAUUUUUUUGCACUAGUUUCUUUUCAUAUACUCUGUUGCUGUUUAUUCCAUUUCUGUGCAUUAUAUAUUGUUAUUGUCAUGAUCAACUUUUGAUAAAAUAAAAAGGUUUAUUUUAUG